UAUCAACCGGAUUACUCAACAGGAAGAAGAGCACCAGGAUACGUCAGCAAAUAACAACGUUACCUGUGUGUGGGUGAGAAAUGGCUACUGGAGUGGAUCAAGCGGCUGGCAUGAGUCUUGUUGUCUUCAGCCUCGUGCUGUUCACGUACUACUCUGUCUGGGUCAUCGUCCUGCCUUUCGUGGACAGCGAUCACUUCCUGCACAAGUAUUUUCUUCCUCGGGAGUACUCAGUCAUUCUGCCUGGAAUCGCAGCAGUAAUACUGCUCAUCUGUAUAGGAGCCUUCACCGUUGUCAUCAUGUGGAAGAAUCGCAAGCCAAAAAAAGUGGACUAAUGUCAUAAAACAUCAGCUUCUUGCACCUUACAACUAAAAUCCAGCCCUAUUUUGUAAUAAAUACUCCUCAUCAUCACUUUUACAAGUAUUUUUGUUCAGAGGAAAGUUUGCCGGUCUUAAUUCUGCAUUUUAAAAAAUCAGCUUUGGUGGCCUCAAGUGGCAUCAUUGAAUGCACUGAAAGAAACUCAUUGAAGAAGGGAAGCUUGAGGAUUUUUGCCUUGUUCUUUUAGAAAAUGCGACCUAAUCUUCAGCUAAUUCACAGUUAUACUCAUUGUAUAACACUCAUAGUUCUUUGUGUUAUUGAGAAGCUUUUGUGCUAACAACUUCUCUCAAGACCAUCUGGAAGUUUCUCGACAUUUUUAAGGUAUUGCUGCGUGGACAAAUGAGACAAGAAAUUAUGUUUGGAGGGAAAAAGGCACCAAAACCGCAUCAUGACUGUGAAGCAAGUUGGAGGGUGGAGCCACCUUGAGGUCCUGGACACCUUUACACUCAGUGAGAAAUCAGUGAUUAUAAGACUUUACAAAGACAUUUUCAAGUGAACAUCAAAGCAGGAGUUCAUGAGCAAAAGCUUUUGAGAGGUGGGGUGAUGCAACCCAGCAAUAACUCAAAGACGCCAAUGAAUAAAGUCUAGGAAUGUUGUGGUAGGACCUGAAAGGGGCUGUUUGGUAGGAGGAAUUGUUCAGAAUUCCUCUUCAUCAUUCUGCAAGUCUCAUACGAAGUUACAGGAAAUGCCAAAGUCCUUAGAAAAGCAAUUCUGACCCCUUAGCAGCUCCCCCGAAGCACCUUCGAGCACUUACUUGGGCAAAAAUUGAAAUAAAGUUUAAAAAGACGACCCUCUAAUCUGUUGAUUUGUGUUCCUGAACACAGUUUUUCAUCUGUCUACUAGUAUAUGUAUUUGUACAUACAAAAUUAUUAUUUUCACUUAAAAGUUGGAAAAGUCUGCAUGUGGAGGCUGGAGCAGUAGGUGGUGGAGCUGCUCACACACACUCAAGUUUGAGUCCCACAUGUCACAGAUUUUACAAUAAAUAUUUGAAUGAUUUAAAAUGCAUUAAUUAUCAUUUGAAACCACUUGGUUUCAGUUAGAAAAAAGGUCACCGUGUCCAUUUCUUUGAGGUUAAUUUACAUUUGCCACGAGACCGUGCUGCUCUGUCGUAAUGAGGAACGUGAUGGAGGAUGUUGCUAAACAAGCAGUUAUUGUGUUUAAUAAAAAUGCGAACAACA